CUCUCUAUACUCUUUUCUCCAUGGCUACACAGAUAUACAUUUCCCUUUUUCUAAUAUUCUUCCUGGGAUUUACGUGCGCCUCGUAUGGUUAUCAAUUGAACGUAGGAGGCAAAGAUGGCUGGGUAAUAAACCCUACUGAGAGUUACAGUCACUGGGCUCAAAGAUUGAGAUUUCAAGUUAAUGACACCGUUUUGUUCAAAUACGAAAGAGGAAUGGAUUCUGUACUGGAAGUAGAGAAAGACGAUUUCGACAACUGCAACACCAGCAAUCCGAAGACAAAAAUGGAAGAUGGCAAUUCAAUCUUCCAAUUUGAUCGGUCAGGGCCGUUCUAUUUCAUCACGGGGAACAAAACCAACUGUGAUAAAGGUCAAAAGCUUAUCGUUGUUGUCUUGGCAGUGAGAACGCCACCACUUGCUCUGCCACCCGCCGCCAAUGCUCCGGUGGCGAAACCACCCAGUGCAUCGCCUCAACAUCGUUCGUUUUCUUCACCAGCAUUUACUCCAUCAAUUGUUCUGGUGCCAACAGUUUCACUUGUCUUAAGCGUGGCUUUUGAUGGAUUUAUUGGCUUUUAGUGUUUUCUUGGCUAUUUCUUGCAUGAUUAAUUUCUAUUUAAAUUUGUGAGUAAAUAUUAUUGUAAACUUUCUUUGUCU